AUGGCCAUCUGCAGUGUUCCAACUGUGAAACCAAAACAUGGAAGACUUAUUUACAUUGGAUUCAUUUUGUUUGGUGUCCUGUUAUCAAUGCUGACAUUCUUACCUGGUUUUAGGAGAUUUUUUGUUGUCCAUUCUCAUUUUUGUAGCAGAAAUACAAGCCAAGGAAAAUGUGAUGCUCUGGUCGGACACAUUCUCCUCUACAGAUUUUAUAUUGGAAUGAUGUUAUUUUUCCUUAUUUUGGCUUUGGUCAACUGUCAGCUUGCAGCAUUUACAACAUUAAGCCCUUGGCUUGAGAAUGGCUUGUGGUUUGUCAAGUUCCACUUGUUUUGUUUAAGCAUACUUGUAGCAUUUUUCAUUCCUGAAGGACACUUGAGUAAUGCGGUGAUGCAUACAGGCUGGAUUGGAAGUUUUAUUAUCAUGAUCAUUCAACUUGUUUUAAUUAUUGAUCUUGCCAAGUAUUUAAAUACAUGUUGGGUAGAAAAAAUGGAACUAUCUACCAACCCAAACAGAUUGUAUAUAUCACUGUUGCUCUUGACAUCGUUGCUGUAUACACUGUCAGUGUCAUUUGUUGUUUAUUUUUAUGCUAUUUAUACUACUUCACUCCAAGACUGUAAAACAAACCUAGUUUUCUUUACAGUUAUUGUCCUACUCUGCUUAAUUGCUUCACUCCUGUCAAUUCAUCCCAAAGUCAGAGAAACUGGAUUACUUCAGGCUGGGAUUGUCACUUCAUAUUCAAUAUAUCUUGCAUGGACAUGCAUGCAGCACUAUCCAUAUUCAACGUGCAAUCCCAGCUGGAAAGUUUUAUUCGCCACUGAGUUUAAUUUCCACAUUCAGCUGAACAUGAUCAUUGAUCUCUGUACAACAUUUUUAGUACUUGUAUAUGGUGUCAUGCGAGUGCCUUCCGUUGAACAUCUGUUCACCACUGUUAAUCUCACUGACUUUCAUAUUUUCCGUGCCCAAAGUGAUAACCAGGAGAGUGCUGAGAAUGACGACCAACCACUUCUUGUAUCUGCAUACCUAAUGUACUAUCUGUUCCUUAUAUUGAUCUGUCUACACCUCUUAAUGACAGUCAGCAAUUUUUACACUCCAGAGGGUAUUGUUGGCACAGAGGAUGAAGUAGUGGUAUCAGAAUAUAAACUCAUUGACAUGGAUGAAUAUGUGAAGUCAUUGAGCCAGUGGGUUGCAUCAUGCCUCAAGAUGAUACUCUGUGUGGUGUUUCUCCUCAUGUACAUAUGGACAAUUUUAGCCCCUGUGAUUUUCUCAUAUAUGCAAAAUGACAGCAUGUAA